AUGGGAAAGAGUGGUCGAAUUGAUCCUAAUACAAGUCCAUAUGUUGAUGGGACAUAUCUUCAGAAUAAAAUUCUUGUUCAUAUGUCUCAACUUCAUACAUUCAACUUUUAUAUUAGUACACAAACUGUCAGUGAUUAUUCACGUUCUCGUAUAUCUAGUGAUGAUAUUCAACAAACAUUUACAAAUAUAAAAUAUGGACAAACAGGUUGUAUUAUAGAUUAUUUUGGUGCAAUUGGAACCAUAUGCCAUGUUUACUCACUUCCAUUCACAUUUACUCAUCUGGAAAUGAUUACAACUCACUUUCCAUUUAUUUUAUUUGAUAGUGUAACUCACUUAUCUGUAUAUGAUUUAAUUCCAUUCGAACAUGAAUUCUUCAUGCAAAUUAGUCAAGCUUUUCCAUUGCUCAAAUGUUUCUCUAUAGAGAAUUGGCAAAUGCAAUAUGGCAAUUAUAAUGAUUAUUCAUCAUAUUCAGUUAUUGAAUUUACUCAUCUAAUAUUACUUGAUCUCAAGCGUGCGAAAUACAACUAUAUUGAACAAUUUCUUUUGGAAACAAAGACACAUCUACCACAUUUAACACACUUAAAAGUGAAUUACUAUGACUUAAAAACUGUAACAAUGAAUUUUACAAUAGAUGCAAUGCGUCGUAAUUGUUCUAAAGUGAAUCAAUUAAUUGUUGAAGAGUCAAUAACAUUUUCAAAAGAUGUUUAUCAAUAUUUUCCUUCAUUGUAA